AUGCUCAAAGUAGUUCAAAAAUUUGGAUUUUUGUUAGAAUUUGCAUCGUGUGACCUCAAGAAUGAUCGAGAUGUGGUUUUGAAUACCGUCACAAAUGAUGGUACUUCAUUGUCGUUUGCGUCUGAUGAUUUAAAGAACGACAAAGAAAUUACAUUGAGGGCCAUUAAAAAAAAUGGUAAAGUAUUAGAGUUUGUCUCUGAAGAAUUGAAGAACGAUAAGGAUGUUGUGUUAGCUGCUGUAAAUCAAAACGGAGAAGCUCUUGAAUUUGCAUCAACUGAUUUGACAAAUGAUCUAGAGGUGAUAUUAGCUGCCGUGAAUGUAAAUGCACGCGCUCUUGAGUACGCAUCUGAUAAGUUAAAAAACGACAAGGAAGUUGUAAUGACAGCUGUGAUGCAAAGUGGUUACGCCCUUGCUUUUGCUGAUGAGAUGAUAAGAGGAGAUCAAGAGAUUGUGUUUGAAGCUAUCAAACGAAAUAAGUCUGCUCUUAAAUAUGCUUCAAAGAGACUUUUGAGUGACAAACAAUUCAUAUUGGAGGCUGUCAGACUUGGAUGUGAAAAUGUUCUACAAUACGCCCCACUAGAUUUUGCUAAUGACAAGGAAUUUAUGUUAAAAGCUGUCCAAUACAACGGGAUUGGAGUUCUAGGAUACAGUUACGUUAGCCAUGACAAAGAACUCGUGUUAGAAGCUGUGAAAAAUAAUGGAUAUGCUUUGUAUUCCGCAGUCCAAGGAUUGCGACAUGAUUCUGAACUGCAAACGGAAGCACUCAAGACCAAUGGUUUUGUUUGGAACUAUUGUGACGACUUAUUUCUCGAACGAAUGCAACAAUGUUAUUAUGGCGCAUAUUUGGGCACAAGUGGUAAAGUGUGA